GAGGGUCCCACCUCUACGACCCUGCUGGGCCCUCUGGGAGGGUGGAAGUCCUUUCUCUUUUUGGUGCGCCAGUCACAGGGUCUAGAUAGAAGGAGGGUCUCUGACUCCUAGUCCAGCCUCUGCCCCAGGCCCGGGAACUCUGAAUUCUCCACCUAAGCUGGAGAAAGACUGGAAAGGUGGGCUCAGCAGGCACCCUCAGCCCCCACGGCUGGGGUCGUCACGGGGCUGGGGUGACUGAUGCUAGCAUGUCACCUCAGAAGCAGCAGUGUGAGGACUUCAAAGAAGUUUGUUUCGACCCCUCUAGACCUCCCCCAGGCUCAGGGUAUAGGCAUCUCCAUGGCCGUGGGCAGUAACUUUCCUGAUCUCUGCCCAGAUGGCCCCUGGACCCUCCUAGGCACACCAGCUCCUUCCCAUCCCCUCUGAUAUGUUAGUUGGAAACCACCAGGGGAGGGGUCACCUGCCCACAGAACCCCCACCACUACUACCUUCUUCAGUGAACUCAGAGUCCCCCAGCUCUCAGGGUGUAGGGACCCCAGCAGAACAGGCCCACAGAGGCCCAGCCUGGGGCAGUGGAAUGUUCCCUGUGGCCAGUGGCUGGUGGUCUAUGGAGUGGUGCUUGGGGGGCCUGUAGAUUGGGGAUGGAUAGUCUCUUGAGGGUGGAAAUGAGGAGGAGGUCAGCCAGGUGGAGGGUGGCUGAGGGGUCCAGUGUGAGGCCUCCUUCUGGUGGGAGGGCCCCCAGCUGGAAACAGGGCCGAGAAGAGGGUCAGGUAGGGUGAUGCAGCUGGCACAGGGACUAGAACCAGGUGCUGCGGGGUCCUUGGUCUGCUCCCCCUGGAGGGGUGUGUGUGCAGUUGGAGAGUGGGCUGGGGCCCUCAGGGCCCACCUUGGCUGCCUUCCAUCUGUGUUCUGGGGAGAAGGAUACAAGGGUACCCGCUCUUGUCCAGGGGCAUUGCCUUGGGUCUGGGUGGGGCUGUGGGGGAAGGUGUCCCAAGGUACCGGGCCAGCACAGCCUAUAGGCCAACAGCCACACCGGUGUAAUAAUUGGCCCCCAGAGGGGUAUUAUUGGCCUCCCUCCUCCAGGGCACCGCACCUCUCCCGGGGCCACCCACAGCCCAGCACUAGGUAGGAGAGAUGACCGAUCCUUUUUGUGUUGGAGGAGGCCGCCGGCUUCCAGGGUCCAGCAAGACUGGACCUGGGAAGGAUGGCAGCCGGAACGAGGUCCGACUUCCCAUGCUCCACGACCCUCCAAAGCUAGGGCUGCCGAUGGUCCGGGGUGGGCAGACGGUGCCCAGUCAGGGCCCACUCUGCCUUGACUCCGGAAGUUCAGCCAGCGACAGGACAGAAGGGAAGAAAAAGGGGCGUCCAAAAGCUGAGAGCCAGGCCCUCCGAGACAUUCCUCUCUCCCUGAUGAACCAGUGGAAAGAUGAGUUCAAGGCGCACUCGAGGGUGAAGUGUCCAAACUCUGGGUGCUGGCUGGAGUUCCCCAGCAUCUACGGGCUCAAGUACCAUUACCAGCGGUGCCAAGGGGGUGCCAUCUCAGAAAGGCUCACCUUUCCCUGCCCCUUCUGUGAGGCCGCAUUCACCUCCAAGACCCAGCUAGAGAAGCACCGGAUUUGGAACCACAUGGACCGGCCUCUGCCUGCCCCCAAGCCUGGGCCAGUUAGCCGGCCGGUCACCGUCAGUCGGCCCGUUGGGGUCAGCAAGCCCAUUGGAGUGAGCAAACCUGUCACUAUCAGCAAGCCUAUCGGCAUCAGCAAGCCAGUGACGGUCAGCCGACCUGUGACAGUCACCAAGCCAGUGACGGUCAGCCGGCCUGUGCCAGCCACUAAGCCAGUGACGGUCAGCCGGCCCAUGCCAGUCAACAAGCCUAUACCUGUCACCAAGUCUGUGCCAAUCGCCAAGCCAGUGACAGUCACCAAACCGGUGCCAGUCACCAAACCGGUGACCAUCAACAAGCCAGUGCCGAUGACAAAGCUCGUGACAGUUACAAAACCCAUGCCGGUCACAAAGCCGGUGACGGUCAGCAGGCCCAUUGUGGUCAGUAAGCCAGUGACGGUCAGCAGACCUAUUGCCAUCAGCAGACACACACCGCCCUGCAAGAUGGUGCUGCUGACCAAGUCUGAGAACAAGGCUCCUCGAGCCGCGGGGAGGAGCAGCGGUAAGAAAAGGGCUGCAGAUGGCCUGGAUGCCUGCCCCAUUCCACCCAAGCAGGCGAGGCCGGAGAACGGGGAGUAUGGCCCAGCCACCACCGGCCAGAGCUCGGCCCUCCAGCAGAGCACAGAAUCCAGCAGCAGCCCCCUUUCUCUGGGCAGCAGGCCCUUGGGAGGCAAGGAGGCGCUAAGGGCCUCGGGCUCUGUGUCCCCGCCUGAGGAGGGUGCGGAGCGCACAAAGCACAGAAGGAAACAGAAAACACCCAAGAAGUUUACAGGGGAGCAGCCGUCCAUCUCAGGGACUUUCGGACUCAAAGGCCUAGCCAAGGCGGAAGACAAAUCCCGCAUUCACCGUGCCAAGAAGCAGGAGGGGCCGGGCCCCGAGGACAUGCGGAAGAAGGUGCCGGCCCCCACCAGCGCUGUCAGCAAGGAGGUGCCGGCCCCUGUGGCCCACCCAGCCCCAGGUGGCCCUGAGGAGCAGUGGCAACGAGCCAUCCACGAACGAGGUGAGGCUGUCUGUCCCACCUGCAAUGUGGUCACCCGAAAGACCCUCGUGGGGCUCAAAAAGCACAUGGAAGUGUGCCAGAAGCUGCAGGAUGCACUUAAGUGCCAGCACUGCCGGAAGCAGUUCAAGUCCAAGGCCGGCCUCAACUACCACACCAUGGCUGAGCACAGCGCCAAGCCCUCGGAUGCCGAGGCCUCAGAGGGGAGCGAGCAGGAGGAGCGGGAGCGGCUGCGGAAGGUGCUGAAGCAGAUGGGGCGGCUGCGCUGUCCGCAGGAGGGCUGCGGGGCCGCCUUCUCCAGCCUCAUGGGCUACCAGUACCACCAGCGACGCUGCGGGAAACCGCCCUGUGAGGUGGAGAGCCCCUCCUUCCCCUGCGCCCACUGCGGCAAGACCUACCGCUCCAAGGCUGGCCACGACUACCACGUGCGCUCAGAGCACAUGGCCCCGCCCCCUGAGGAGCCCGAGGACAAGCCCUCCGAGGCUGAGGACCUGUUGGGUGUCGAGCGGACCCCCAGUGGCCGCAUCCGCCGCACGUCGGCCCAGGUUGCCGUGUUCCACCUGCAGGAGAUCGCGGAGGAUGAGCUGGCCCGGGACUGGACCAAGCGGCGGAUGAAGGAUGACCUGGUGCCUGAGACCGCGAGGCUCAACUACACUCGGCCAGGCCUCCCUGUGCUGAACCCCCAGCUGCUGGAGGCGUGGAAGAACGAGGUCAAGGAGAAGGGCCAUGUCAACUGCCCCAAUGAUUGCUGCGAAGCUAUCUACUCCAGUGUGUCUGGCCUCAAGGCCCAUCUGGCCAGCUGCAGCAAGGGGGACCACCUGGUGGGGAAGUACUGCUGCCUGCUGUGUCCCAAGGAGUUCGGCUCAGAGAGCGGUGUCAAGUACCACAUCCUCAAGACCCACGCGGAGAACUGGUUCCGGACUUCGGCAGACCCGCCUCCCAGACACAAAGGCCUGGACUCUCCGGUGCCCAAGAAGGAGGAGAAGAGUCUGGCUGGUGGAAAGAAGCGGGGCCGCAAGCCCAAGGAACGGCCCCCUGAGGAGCUGGCACCCAGGACACCUCCUCGCCAGGACGACUGGCCCCCAGGAGGCAGAGACAAGGGGGCCCGGGGCUCCGCUGGCCGGAAGGUGGGAGCCAGCAAGGCACCUGAGAAGUGAGCUUGGAGCUUGGCAGGUGGGUGGGGCCCAGUCCCCACGCUGGCCAAGCCCCUGUGUCCAGGGUGGGGCUCUGGAACCUCCCAUCCUCCAGGUCUCCACCCCCCACCCCUGCCUAUUCAUCUGUCCAGUGGGGGCGGCCAGCCCAUUCUCUCUCUCCCUCGAAGGUGGCCCUUCCCCUGUAUAGGCCACUGCAGGGCACGCUGGGCUGGGGCUGCCGGGCAGGGGCUCCCGGUGCAGUAGUCUGCAGGGACGUUCCCAGCCGGCAGAGUCUGGUCCUGGAUGGCCAGGAGGAGGGCCUGUGGCCUGGGUCUCAGUGCCCUGGGGGCAGCGUGGAGCGGGCAGAUGGCCUUCUGGCCCUUGGUGUGUGAGCUUCAUGCCCUACCUGCUUCCUUGGGCCCAAGGCUUGGGAGUGCCUGGUGCCCUGUGGUUCUGGGCUGCCUCACUUCUUGACCUGACACUGGAACCCCAGCACCCCACAGCUACCUCCCAGGACAGACCCCAAGUCUGACAGCUGCCGUGCUGAUCUGACAGCCCUCCCAACUCUCCACCUCCCACCUCAACUGUGCCCCGCCCCAUCCAGCCCUACCCGACCCCCCAACCCCCCACCAAGGUCCCUCCUCCCAUGACCCCCCCACAUUCCCCCAGCCAUCUUCUGGUUCCUGCACUUCUCUCUACCUCUCUGGGCCCACCCUCCCCUGCUGUACAACCCUUGCUGGGCCCGAGCCCCUGUCCCACUGGCCCGGUGGUGGGAGGCAGCCCUGCUCUGCCAUCCCCAGUAGUGCUCCCUGCUUGAGGCAAGAGAGCGGCUCUGCUUCUCCCACUGCAGGGCCGCGGGAGCAGUGGUGAGGGGCCCCGUGAAGCCAUCUCUGGUCUCAGCCUCCAGCAUUGCUAAUGCCAUUGGCCUAGGUUGGGCAGCCUGCUGGGUUAGGGAUGGGCCAGGCUGGGUUCUGGAGUCAUGUGGGGCCCACAGCCAUGUGGGGCAGGGAAUGGGGGCUUGGCUCUGAGUAGUGACCACUGUGGGAAGCAGCCUUCUGCCUGCUGGUCUGGGUUGGCCCAUGGCCAAGCUCCCAUGGGCGCCUCCUUGCACCCUUUUUACCUGCUCUUUCGUUUCUGGUUGUGUGGCCUUUUGAAAUGAGAGCUGAAGGCUGGCAAGGGAGCUUGGCCAAGGUCACAGCAGGGUGGUGGCAGCUCCAGGGCUCUGUCCUGGCUCCCUCUGCUGCCCCAAGGAUGGUGAGGUCUGCAGGUUGGUUCAGGUGGAGUCCAGGCACCCUGAGGAAGCAGCCCCAUGGAUUCUGGGCUCCUGCCUGGGCCCCACGUUCCGAUGUGGCAUUGCAGGGACGGGGGAUGCUCAGAGCCGCUGAAUUUGAAUGGAGCCUGGGGGGUGGGGGUGGGCUGAGGGCUCGGCCUUGCCGAUCCUGGAUGAUGUGAAUUUUGAUAUUUGCCCGUGUGCGUGUGUCUCCUGGGUGUAGUGGAUGCCAGUCUUGUGGCUGUGACAAGUGACAACCUUUUUUUUAUUCUGUUUUUUAUACAAAAAUUCACAACAAUCUGACAUUUUGGUGCUAAGGGUUUCCUGGUGCCGACGGUGGUUCUGGGGGCCGGGCUGGGGUCCCUCCCCUGCUCAGGGAGGCAGUGCUGACUGGGCAGCCCUCUGCCCCCAGCCCCUGGAGAGGAGGGGCUCCAGUGUGGGCUCAGUUCUCUUCACCCUGCACUCGGAAGACAGUUUCCAGGAGGGCUCUAGGGCUGAGUUGCCAUGCUGCCCGUCUCCGGCUUCUUCCUUUGGUUAGAAUGCUCUGACCUAAGGCCGUCCUGGCCUGAUAUGUGGGGAGGGGAGAGACGUGGACUCCCUGGCACCUGAUGAGAUCCAUGGGUGGAGGCUUGGGCAGAUGGAGGUUUGGUCCAGCAUCGAAGCUUAGGCAAGCGGCGUGGGUUUUGGGGCAAGAGGGCUUGCUUUCCUGUGUUCCUGGGUGUCACUGGUGUGCAGCUGGUGGAGGUAGAGGUGGGUUGGGCAGCUACUGCAGGAGCAGCCUCGUUGUGGGCCGGGGAGCAGGUGCUGGCAGGAGCCCCACGUGCCCUUUGUCCUUGUCACCGAGGGCUGGAGAAGGUGGGACCUCAACACCUCUGCUAGGGACAGCCACCCACCCUGGCCUCUCAGGUACUUGUUGGCCCUUGGAGAGCAGGGGCUGGUUUCGGCUGGGGGAUGAGUUUCAUUGUCACCCCCUGAAGUCCACGUGUGGUCCCUGGCACGGGAACCCUCUGAGAUGUGUGGGAAGAGGUGGGAUCUUGGGUAACUUAAUGUUUAGCACUUUAACCCUCUUCUUUGUCUUUAAAGUGGGCAUGGGGACUGCUGCCAAAAGUGGGCUCUCCCUCCCUUUUCCCUCCCUGCUCCCCCUGCUCUGGCUGGUGGGUGGCAGUGGCUCGCUGGUGUGCAGAGCCCUCCUCCCACUGAGGCAGAGCCCUGGGUGGCUCAGUGGGAUCUGCCCACUUCCCACACUGGUGGGAAUGCAGCCAGGUAGCCACCUGCCCUUGACUGACACCUUCAGCGAGAGGGACCCAAGUGGCAGACCCCCCUCACCAGGUGGGCGUGGACUCUGCUUGAGACCCAAGCCUAGGGCACAAUGUCAGGUCCCUUUCUGAAGAUCUACCUCUGGCCCAGCCCACCCCCUUGCCCUGAGAACAGGAAAGGGAUGACUCAAGAGACCGACACUUCACACAAAUAGGAUGCACUUUUCUGCUUGUGCAAGGGCAGACAAGUGUCCCCUGGUGUGACUGGUGGCCCUCGCAGUGGUCGCCCCCCUCCUGUCUCUCUGUUUGGAAGGGAAAGAAUGGGUGCACCCUGGCCUUCGGGGAGGGGGCCUGUUCUCGUGCGCCCCCUCGAAGGGCCCCAGGCAGCUACCCUGAGGGCCUGGGGGCAGCCAGCACCUCCAGCGUGGCAGCCACACAUCCUGUACUUUGGGUUUUCUAAUGCCAGUUCUCCGUAAUAAGUGCAUUUCGAAGAGAGGUUCCAGCUAUCACUUGUAACCAUAUAUAUACAUAUAUAUUCUAUCUACAAAGUGUUUAUUUGCAAGAUGUUUUGACGGUGAGCUCGGGCCCUGCCCGCCUAGUGACCAUCUGUCCCCGGUCCUCGUUCCCGCCCCUCGGUCCCAAGUGGUGCGGGGGUGGGCCAUCACCUGUAUGUAUUAAAAAUGACUGUAUCAAAUAAAUGUUUAUUGAUUUUUUUUCCA